AUGGGUGUCGCAAAGAAAGUUCGCGAGUUCCGCAUGAAGCGGGUCAUCGGCAAGAACGAUGACAGGAGGAAAACAGAGGCCGAGAAGAAGAAGUUGGAAAUCAAGAAGAAGGAGAAGGAACUAGUUCGCGAGGUCCCUCAAGCACCAUCAUCCAUGUUCUUCGAGUUCAACACCUCGCUUGUUCCACCAUACCAGAUCAUUGUCGAUACCAAUUUCCUGAGCAGAUCCAUCCAGGCGAAGCUGCCACUUCUAGAAUCUGCCAUGGACGCCCUGUAUGCCUCGGUCAACAUCAUCAUCACAGACUGCGUCAUGGCGGAACUCGAGAAGCUGGGCCCCAAGUACCGCAUGGCCUUGAUGAUUGCUCGUGACGAGAGGUGGACGAGGCUCACCUGCGACCACAAGGGAACCUAUGCAGAUGAUUGCAUCGUCGACCGCGUCCAGAAGAACCGUAUCUACAUCGUUGCCACCAACGAUCGUGAUCUCAAGCGAAGACUCCGCAAGAUCCCAGGUGUGCCCAUUCUGGGCGUCCAAAAGGGCAAAUAUGCCAUCGAGAGACUCCCUGGUGCUCCGGCUACUUGA